UGAGAGAGAGAAAGAGAGAGCGGGCGUGGACGCGCCGGCCUGUGUGUGAUUGUGGUGUUAGUGCUCGUGGUGGUGUGUAUGUGUGUGGGAGCAGGAGGGGAGACUCUGCAGUGUCUUGGCAGCUGCAUUAGUGCAUCUCCCACCGUCCGUGAUGCCUUCACGGCCAAUGCCUGCCUCCUCCGCGUCCACUUGACGAGAGAAACCGAGAUGAAGUCGUCGGGAAACUGAGCCGGACGUUCACACAUUGCUCGCUGUAUGCCCCGGAGACAGUCCGGAGCGCUUCAUUCACGCAACGAGAGCCCGUGACGAGAAUUUUUAAUGGAAAAUGGCGAUAGGCGAAAGGUCUUGCAGCAUCGUCUGCUUGCUAUCUAUCCAGAUUAUCUUUAUUUUCAGCGCAUCUUGGCCUGGAGCGCAGGGUCUCUUCCCCCAGCAAUACACGAUGAUGCACUGGGCCAGGCGUAUCGAGCAGGAGAUUGACAGAGUCUUUCAGCACAUCACUGGAGCUCAGCAGUUGAAAGGGAUAUACAAUGAAGAAAGGCGUCGGUUUAGUCUGGUGAAGAAUCAGCCGCGGAAGAUUGUUGAAAAAGUGGCCUCGGAUAUUGAGAAACUUCUGGCUAAAAAGCGCAAAGCACUUGAUAGGUUAGCCAGUGAAGCAGAGCGGCUCCAGCGGGAGCAUCUGUGGCAGGAUGAAAUCAAGGAGCUGGACAUGGCUUAUUAUGAUUCCAAGGCAGAGCUGGAUUAUUAUUCCAUGGAUGGAGAAGGAGAGGUGGAAAAUCCCUCUCACAUCAAGCUGGAGUUUGUGUAUGACCCAAACUUCAAGAAUAAUGUCAACUAUUCCUACACAGCUGUUCAGAUUCCCACAGAUAUUUAUAAAGGAGCUCCCGUCAUUCUAAACGAACUGAACUGGACGCAAGCGUUGGAGAAAGUCUUCAUGGAGAAUAGUCGAGAGGAUCCGUCACUGCUGUGGCAAGCAUUUGGGAGCGCGACAGGAGUCACUCGCUAUUAUCCAGCAACACCCUGGAAAGCUCCUGAUAAAAUUGACCUGUAUGAUGUCAGGAGGAGGCCCUGGUACAUCCAGGGUGCCUCAUCCCCCAAAGACAUGGUCAUCCUUGUUGACGUGAGUGGCAGUGUCAGUGGACUCACCCUGAAACUGAUCAAAGCGUCAGUGAUGGAAAUGCUGGACACUUUAUCCGAUGAUGACUACGUCAAUGUGGCCAGGUUUAAUGAGAAAGCUGUGGCUGUGGUCCCUUGCUUUAGCCAUCUAGUCCAGGCUAAUGUGCGCAACAAAAAGAUUUUCAAGGAUGCAGUGCAGCAGAUGCAGGCUAAAGGCACCACUGACUACAAGUCUGGAUUUCACUUUGCCUUCAAUCAGCUAUUAAAUAAAACAAAUGUCCCCCGGGCUAACUGCAAUAAAAUAAUCAUGCUGUUUACUGACGGAGGAGAGGACCGAGCUCAGGAUGUUUUCAUGCAAUACAACUGGCCCAACAAAACGGUUCGAGUAUUUACCUUUUCCGUGGGCCAGCAUAACUAUGAUGUCACACCCUUACAAUGGAUUGCGUGCACCAAUAAAGGUUACUAUUUCGAGAUCCGUUCCAUCUGCGCUAUAAGGAUUAACACCCAGGAGUACCUUGACGUGCUGGGACGCCCCAUGGUUCUGGCAGGCAGCGAAGCCAAGCAGGUUCAGUGGACCAAUGUGUAUCAGGAUGCUCUGGGUCUUGGCAUGGUAGUAACUGGGACUUUGCCUGUUUUUAAUCUCACCAUGGACGGAAACUCACAGAAUCAGCUGAUUUUAGGUGUCAUGGGAGUCGACGUGCAUCUUGAUGAGAUAAAGCGACUCACACCGCGGUACAAUCUCGGGGCCAACGGAUACAUAUUUGCCAUUGAUCCAAACGGAUACCUGCUCCUUCAUCCUAAUCUCCAGCCAAAGCUUGUGAAUCUGCCAGAACCUGUGACGCUGGACUUCCUGGACGCAGAGUUGGAGGACAGCAAUAAAGAAGAGAUCCGCCGACAGAUGAUUGAUGGAAGACCAGGUGAAAUGCAGAUCAAAACUCUGGUACUGUCGAUUGACGAGCGCUACAUCGAUGAGGUCUACAGGGGUUACACCUGGACUCCUAUCAAUGGAACAGACUACAGUCUCGGUCUGGUAUUACCACCCUACAAUGAGUACUUCAUCAAGGCAGAUCUGAGCGAUGUGAUGCUGCAGCUCCAGUAUAUGCAGUCUUUGCUGCCCAGCUCCUUUGAAUCAUCAGGGCACGUGUUUCUAGCUCCAAGGGAAUACUGCAAGCGUCUGCAGCUUUCUGACAACAACACCCAGUUCUUGCAGAACUUUCUGUCUCUCAUGCUUGACCUCUCCCCUGAAUCUGAUGAGUGUGACCAUGGCCUGAUCCACAACCUGAUUUUUGAUUCUAGGAUCAUCGGGCAGCUUGCUUCUCGUGUAUGGAAGAACAAGGACCUCAAUUCGUAUGGCUUCCUAGCUGUAUUUGCAUCCACAGACGGAGGAAUAACACGAGUUUUUCCCAACAUAGCUGCCGAGUUGUGGGAUGAGGACCCUGAACCCUUCAAUUCAAAUUUCUACAGACGGAGCCUCGACAACAAAGGCUACAUGUUCAGAUCUACACUCAGAUCCUCUUUGGAUGACCCCAUUGGAGCAGAAAAUGGGACGAGUGAAAUUGUGGUUAGUUCAGCUGUGGAGGUUAAUUUAGCAGGAAAACUGCUCAGACCUGCAGUGGUUGGUGGGAAGCUGGACUUGGAAGCUUGGGUGGAUAAGUUCAAAAUCCUGGCCAGCAACAUGUCAGACAGCCGGCAGGGCUCACACAAGUGUGGACCUCUGAGAAGUUGCGAGAUGGAUUGCGAGAUGGACACAAAUGAACUCGGCUGCUAUCUCAUUGAUGAUGGUGGGUUCCUGGUUAUGUCCAAUCAGGCAGAUCACUUCCAAAAGAUUGGUGUUUUUUUUGGCGAUGUGGACGCUCCCCUGAUGUAUGCCCUCUACAACAAUUCAAUCUUCACUCGGCGGCAGUCUUUCCAGUACCAGUCUGCAUGUGAGCCAGUCAGCAGCAGCCACACUGGCGCAGCACCGAGAGGUGUUUUUGUGCCGUCCAUUGCUGAUGUCUUGAGCUUGGCGUGGUGGACAUCAACAAUGGCAUGGUCUGUGUUUCAGCAGCUUCUUUAUGGACUGGCCUAUAACAGCUGGCUCUAUCAAGCUGAUGUCCUCAUCGAAGGCUUUGAGACUAAAGAAAGCAGCUGUGUGACCAUCCAAAGCCAGUUCUACUUCACAAACACCACAAACUCCUACAAUAUGCUGCAGGACUGUGGAAACUGCUCCAGACUGUUCCAUGCAAAGAGGAUCGAAAACACAAACCUGCUUUUUGUGGUCGCCGAGAAACUGCUCUGCCAGUCGUGUGAGAUUGAGACACUGACCCAGGUCAGAACAGAGUUUCAGGAGGAAAAUCCGUGUGAAGUAUUGAACAAUACACGAUAUCGUAAAGGCCCGACUUCCUGCUUUGACUACAGUGCCUUAGAAAACACGUCAGAGUGUGGACGAGGUCAUUCCCUGCAGUCCUCCAUAGGAGUCCUCCUCUUCAUUCAGCUCACUCUGCCUCUCUUUCAUCUCUCACACAUGCAAACGCUCUGACAUUUUUGAUCUCUGUAGGUUAAGGCUCGGAUCUACUGAAGAGUAGAUCAAACAGCAACUGUAAAAUUCUUCUUUUCUGAACUACAAACAGCUCACAGAGAACAGUGCUUGGAAAGAAACCCCUGGAUCAGCUCAUAGUGUCUUUUGCCUUAUUGCUAAUGCAUUUCUUGGUGUUUUGGGGCUUGAGUGCAAAACAUAUGAUUAUAAUGCGUUGCGUGUGCAUGCUAUUUAAACUGAGACAGCAUCUUUACAUUUUUAUUUAUUUAUUGCAUAAAGGCUUAGCCACAGCAAAAAGUCAGGGAGACGACUAAAGCCACCCAGCAGUAGAAGAUUGUUGAUCACGUUUGUUUGACUGUGUUUCACUGUCUAGAAUCUAAUGUGGCAGCAGAACAGUGUAUCAUAUUAUUACAUUGCUCCCUGAACUUCCUAGAUGUGGUUAAACACAGUUACUUCAUGAUUUAGCUUUUUCACAUAGGGCCACUUAGGUUCCUAUAGCUUUUUUUUUUUUUGCUUAAUAAAUGCAAUUAUAAUUUAUAAAGUGCAUCUGUAUUUACUUGGGUUAUCUUUGAGAAAGGACUCAGGAAAGGAGGAAAAUACUUUUUCACAGCACUGUACAGUUUAUGCUAGCUCGUAGCCUUCGUCCUCCCGGCCUUUGCAAGUGUAGAGCUGUGUAUAUAUAUAUAUCUGUAUAUAAAACCCAUGGGAUACCUUUGAGAUGCAUGGUAUAUUUUGAAUUCUAGUAAAGUACAAGAAACCUAACACUGUAUUUACAGGUAGUGUAAAAUACGUAAUUAUUACUUUCUACCACUGAACGUACGAGGCUGUACGCACCAUCACCUUUUAUUCUGAGGAGCUCUGAUUGGCUUAACAGAUGAGUAAGUUAAAUAAGGACAGCACAAAGAGUUUUUAGAGCUUUCAGUACUUAAUGUUACUGAUCAGCUGAAUAUAUUAAAAUGUAUAUGACUUUUCAACCAUACAGUGUCACAGUGUUGUUAACGGUUCAGAUAAAGGGCAAACUAAGAUAUUUAAUGGCGGAUAGAUGGAGAUCAAUCACUGCCUUGAAAAUUUUAAUGAAAAAGCUGAAUCUGCUGCUGGGUGACUUGAAGACUCCCACCUGUAGGCUGCUCAGAUGUUAUUUGUGGCACCCAUGCUGUUGUUGGCUUGAAAUGAAUCCCUUGCACCUGUUUGUAUUUGCUCGUUUGGUCCCAGCAGAUGUCUUUGCACAUACAGAUCAGGAGGCGCUGCACUUACAACUGUUUUUCACACGACGGUAGAUCUGGGCCUUCAACCCACAUUCACUUCAGUGUCUUUUGAUCCAGUUCUGAUCUUUGCCGAGCCAGUUUUAGUACUAAAAAUUGGGUCAUGCAUGACAGGACCCCGAAAGACUUCUCUAUCAAGUAUCCUUGCCCUCUAAUGUCAUUAAAUUUAGGCACACGUCUGACAGGAUUUAGAUAAAAAUAUCAUUUUUUUCCCAUAAGAUAUUUUUUUUCAAAACUAAAUGAGAACAGAGAUGUGAAAAGCCAGCGUGACACAUCAACAAAGAAGCAUCUGUGCGGUUUGUUUGUUUGACUGAAUCGUUAAAGCUGAGGUUUGCUUUUUUCUCCGAACGCCUCCACAGAUGCUCGGUAUGAUCUUGAAGUGCUUCCAGUCAAGUAAGAUGUCGUCAGAUGAUGUGAAAUUAAACAACACAAACUAAAUUGUCAAUCAGUAACUGACUUUGUGAGCUAUUAGUGCAUCCUUUGUGGACUCCAAUAUUUAGGUGCUGUGAUCAUCGGAUACUUGCGGUGUAACGUGCAGUGUUAACAGCGUAGUCUAUUAGCACAAGCCUCGGAGAAGUCAGCAUAUUGCCAACAUGUUUUUAAACAUAGACGUCAGUUAGUUGAUUGAUGGGAAGUUCUUUGUCCCUUUUUCUUGUAUUGCCAAUGUUUGUCAAGUCUGAAUUUAUGCACUUAUGUAUGCUUCUGUAUGGGGAAUGUAGCUUCUGAAAAACGUUCAGUGUUAUGAAUAUGUUCUUCUGCGCUUUCUGACCUUCUGUCGAGAUACCCCUGACGUGUCGCUGAUCACUGAAUGACUUACUGCGGCAGAACAUUUCGGUGUUAUCAUGCACUAAGAUUUUUGACAACAAUAGCAAGAAAUGUAGCAGUUUUGUAAUUUUGACAGGUGUUUAUUACACUAAAGAUUCCCCUUCCAACACUUAAACAUGUACAAAAUGCUGUUUUUGGAAUCAUUUCUUGCAUUUGAUUAGAUAAAAAAAGAGAAAUUUCCUACUUCAGAUUAAAUCUAAUCAACAUAUUUGUUGUUCUUAAGUCGACUCUCAGUGUGUGCGCACAGGAGAUUUCAAGUUUGUAUUGCUGCAUAGUUGGCUUUCAAAUUAGUUUUGAUGUCAAAAUCUGUACUCUUGUUACACUCAGAUCAAAG